AUGUCGUUGACCGAUGACCAAGUUAAUGCCGAGCUCCGCAAGAUGAAAGCCUUCAUCGAGAAGGAGGCUCAAGAGAAGGCCAAGGAGAUCAGAUUGAAGGCUGACGAGGAGUACGAAAUCGAGAAGGCAUCCAUUGUUAGAUCGGAGACUGCCGCCAUCGACUCCGCAUACGAACAGAAGUUGAAGAAGGCUGCAUUGGCCCAGCAAAUUACCAAGUCUACCAUCGGCAACAAAACCAGAUUGAGAGUGUUGUCAGAGAAGGAGAAGGUCUUGAAUGAGCUUUUCGAGGAGGCCGAGAAGGGUUUGGUGAAAUUGACCGCUAACAAGGGCGAGUACAAGCCAAUUUUGGAAGGUUUGAUUGAGGAGGCCUUGUAUGCUCUUUUGGAGGACGAGGUCACUCUCAAGGUCAGAGAGUCCGAUGUUUCGUUGGCCAAGGAGGCUGCCGAGACUGCCGCCAAGAAGUUCGAGGAGAAGGCUAAGUUCGCCGUCAAAGUCUCCGUCAGUGACCUGGACUACUUGAGCUCGGAACUUGCCGGUGGAGUGGUCGCCGUCAACAAGACCGGCAAGAUCGAGGUCAACAACACCUUGGAGGAGAGAUUGAAGAUUUUGUCUCAGGAGGCCUUGCCUGGUGUGAGAUUGGAGUUGUUUGGUCCUUCUCCAUCCAGAAAGUUCUUUGAUUAA